AAUAGUUACAUACUGAGUCUACCAACCACACAGUUGGUUCAUUAUCUUGGCUUAUAAUGAGAGUCUAUAAAGUAUAAAUCUUCAUUCUCCAUUGUUAGAGGGAAGAAUUUCGUCAAUGGCGGCUAUUUGUCGCUACCCUUUACUGCUCAGACCAUCUCUACCAACUACCCAUCUUAGUAAUCCUCCUUUUCUCACACUUUCAAGCUGCUUCAACUCUGGCCAUGCUUCUUUUCCUUCCAAAAACCCCUUCCGUUUUGCUACCCAUUUCUCCGAAUUCUCGUCUUUCCGAAUUAGAAGCACUAAGCCAAAUUCAGGGGGUGAUGACGCUGUGAGUUGUAGUGACUCCUUGAAUGAAGGUGUAAUAGUAAACACGGAGUUGUUAGAACUGAAAAAUAGUGAAAAUGGUAGUAAUUUUUUGGCAAUAUUAGCAAUCGGCCUUGGGGUAGCUGCAACUGUCACUAUCUUGUCUAUUAGCCUUAAGCAACAAAAUCUGGAUCCUUCCUUUGGUAUUGAAAUUCAGCGUGUGGCUGAUGUUUCAUCAUCUUCAAAUUUGGUCUCGUCUCCUGUUGGUUUCUCCUUCAAAGCAUACGGUUACAGAGUUGUGCUUCCACCGUAUGCUCCAGGGUGGAUCUAUUUUUGGUUACUGAUGGCUGCCGGCUUUGGACUCUUCAUUAGUGAAGAGGCUUUAAAUAUAUGGGUUGGCAUAACAUUGGCGCGGAAGCUAUGUUUGGAUGGUACAUGGCAAUCUUUUGCUGCAUCAUUCUCUAAUAAUGCCGCCUACAUAAUUUCUACAGUUCUAUGGGUAUACUGGGGUGUUUGUAUCAGUGAUAUGAUACCAUUUUACCUGGGGAAGUUUUUCAGCCGAUCUGGAGUAUCUGUGUGCUCAAAGCUAGGGAUUGGCAAGGAGAAGGUGGCCAACAUUACAGAUGCUGUAAAAAGAUAUGGCAAAUUUAGUGGCUUUGUUGAGCGAUUCUCUCUAGGAGUCAGAAAUCCAACAUCAUUCCUUGCAGGAGCCAUGGGUGUCUCUCCUGAGUGUUUCUUUGCAGGAGUUUGUUGUGGCGGUUUGAUCACCCUGCCUAUUCAGUUGGCAAUUGGGUUCUUACUAAGAGAACGUCCUUUUUUUGCAUUAGCUACUGUUGCUACUGCUGUGGGUAUCUGGACUAUAUUUCCAUAUGUUGUUGCUGCUUCAACGGCGUUGUUUUUCUAUUUGCGGCAGAGAUACUCUUCUGCAUAAGCUUCUACAGUUUCUCGAGUAUCACAGUUUUUGGUGUGCUUACUAUAACUGAAACAAACUAUACUCAAUACUGGAUGGAAAUGCCACUUAUUUGCUAAUUUCAUCCUUCCUAUUUGUAUAAUCUGUAUCAUGUAUUCAUACCGUAUAUUGCUCACCCUACUGAUACAGAAAAUUUUAUACUAAUUCUAUAAGUGGGUGUUAGCUUGUUACACCUAAAUACUCCACUUUUUAUCAGUGUGGAAAAUGUGGAUCACUUAUACUUUUUACGCUAUUUAUAUGUUAACGAUGUCCCAAGUUUUCUCACUAUUUACUAUCCAAAUUAAGAUGCUUUCUUCGUUAAACUAGACAUAUAUAUGUACACAAGUUGUAGAACGGUUUGGUACCGUCUAGAAAAUUUUAGACCGAAAAUUUUGGUUUGGUUAGAUUUUAGUGUUAGACCAGACUAAACCGGACCGUGUGCACCCUGGUACAACUGAAUGAUAAGUUCUGAACAUAUGUAGCCUUGUAAUGCUCUCUACAAGCUACUACCAGUGCCGUUUCUAACCAUUUUUGGGCCCUAGGCAAACAUAAAAAGAGUCCUUGUAUAAGUAAAGUUUCGGUUCUUUUUUUCUCCAACUAUGCAUUAUAUAAUUUCUUCUUUUUCCUUCACAUUAAUGUCAAAUAAAUGUGCAAAUUUAAGAUCAUAGGAGUAAUGAU